CGCCGCCGCCAUGGGAGGCGGAUGUUCGGUGGUGGCGACCUCUGGUGGUCGGCCUGACAUCGAGCUGACUGAGAGAGAGAAAGCGCUGAUCCGCAGGUCGUGGAAGCUGCUGUGUGAAGACAGCAUGACCAUGAUAGGCGGAGAGAUAUUCCUGAAGAUAUUCGAACUUAAUAACGAGGUCAAGGCUCUUUUCCCGUUCCGUGACGUCACGGGAGAGGCUCUCAAGCACGAUCCUGACUUCAAAGGUCACGCUAGCAGAUUCAUGCAGGCGUUGGGAGCAGCCGUAGAUAAUUUAGACAACCUACGUCACUCUCUCGAACCUCUGUUAUCAGCGCUGGGUAAGACGCACACUCGCUACACGGACCGAGGAUUCACUCCGGCUUUCUUCGACGAGUUCACGGCGAGUAUUCUGCACGUGUGGCGGGAAAGACUCGGGAGGAAGUUCACGCCGGAGGUGCGGGCCGCCUGGCUGGCCAUGGUUUCCUUUAUUGCCACCGCGAUGAAGGACGGCUACAGGAAGGUUCGCUGGGCGCGCGUAGAGGAGGGGAACGAGAGGCGGGGGAGCGCAACGGGACCCGUGGAUCGACACAAGUUCGAUGAAGAGAUUCUGAAGCUGAUGGCGGAGAAGGAGACGAAGUAGGAGCGACGGUGGCGCCAU